AUGGUGUGGGACGCCGCAAAGCUCUCUCUUGAGUGUGACUUGAAGCUCCUCCUCAUUACUGACGAUAUCUUCGGCCGAACUCUUGCGGCUGAGCAGUCCGACGUCUUCCAUGUGGCGUUCGACGAUCCGCUGCCGCAAGACUGGGUAGAACGCUUUGGCGCCUCCAGCAUGCAGGAGUUCUUCGAGAGACUGGACGUGCAUCGCGAGCGGCGCGCUCGUACUCCGUCCGUUGUCAGUGUGGCAGCCUUGGCGGAAGAGGACCCGGCGAUUCGGCGGUGGGAGAUUCGGCAGGAGCAGGCUUGGCAGGAGCAGGCUCGGCAGGAGGCGAAAGCGCUUAUGUCGCGGUUGGCGCUCGCGGAGCAGCAGCGCGAUGAGGCGACAGCUAAGCUACGCGAGCAGCAGCGCGGCGCUGGCGGACAGGCGAGAGCGCAGCGAUCAAAAUCUGGGCCACGGAAGUGGCCGCCGGGGCAAAAGCCGUCUUCAGGCAAGCAGGUUGGGACCGUCGAGAAGUGGAAUGAGAAGGGCUUUGGCUUCAUCAAGCCUGGCAGUGGCAGAAAGACGAUUUUCUUUCACAUCAAAGAGGUGAAGAUGGAGCGCGCCGCCGGCAAGAAGCAGCAGCUCAACCAGCUCCUUCGCUGGGACGUCGAGUUCAGGAUCGCCCAAGGCGACAAAGGACCGCAGGCCGUCCAAGAGGAGCUGCUUCAGCUGUUUGGUGACCUGCUGACGGAGGAGGAGGGCGCGGCCCUCGGGCUCGCGGAAGGAAACACGGGCGAGGAGGACCGGAUGGGCGUGCGGACCAGGGCGGAGGGGCUGGGGGAGGGGAGGUGGUGGAUCUGGACGAGCUGGAUUGAGGAGUCCGAGAAGUAG